AUGUUCGACAGUUCGCUUGAUAGAUCAAAGCAGUAUUUCAUAGUCCUACAGCUCCUACGCAUCAUGGGAGAAUGGAUUAGUGGAGCGCUUAAGGACCUCGAGCAACAGAAAGGAGGAUGGCUGCAGGAUCAAGAAUAUAGGAAAUAUGCCAUGAUAGCUUUUCAUGAAAGAGAACUUAGAGCAGAUCCUUCUAGAGGCGUCCCCGAACUCGAUGAAAUCGACCUCGAAGAAAAAGUAAUCAGUGCCAAUUGGGAGGCGCUGAUUACCUAUCAACGAAGACACGAAAAGCUUCUUCUUGAUAGAAUUGACAAGAAGACGGAGGAGAUAAAAAGUCUUAGAGAUGGGGUAAGUCAUCGCCGUCUGUUCAACGCCACGUCUGUGCUCGAGACCAGGAAAGGCACAGCCAUCAACCAAUAUCUUUUCGUCUUCACCGUGAUAACAAUUUUCUACCUGCCCCUUAGCUUCGUUGCUAGUAUUUUCGGAAUGCAUCUCUUUGACAGUGAAGAUAACCACAGAACCCAAGCCUCAUUCUACAUAUCCACUGUUCUAAUCUCCAUCCUUACCUACAUCUUGUCUGGCUUCGGGGCUUGGUGGGUGGGCGACUCGGUGCGGCGACAGAAAUUGAAACGUGGCUGGAAAUCCUGGACCAGUAAAUCUGCCAAAGACAACGAAUUCCCAGAGGUCGACUUGUUGGUAGCAGAGAAGAACAGAGGGCCCGUAACGCCUAAAGAGAAGAAGAAGACUUCGCGAUGGAGCGGCCUACGCUCUCGAAAGGGCAAGUAUGGAAAAGACGAGGAGGCCCAACCACCCGCCCCAGAGUAA